AUGGAACGCCCCGCGGUGAACACGGUAAACAUGUCCCACAGGGGAAACACGGAAAAGUUGUCCAACGCGCCGAAUAGCGUCCCCUACACCUUCGAGCACUCCAGAAACCUGGGCAAUAAAAUCCUCAAGCCCAUACGCCAGGAAAAAAUCGUCAGAGUGCCCGUGACCCAGUAUGUUGAAAAAAUAAUAGAGAAGGAAGAAAUCAAAUUCGUCAACAAAUACGUAGAUGUCAUAAAACCAAUAAUUACCUACAAAACGAAGCACAUUUCUAAGCCAAUCUAUUUAGACAAAAUUAAGUAUGAGCCCAAGCUGAUAGAGAAGGAGAAAAUUAUACAUAUCCCCAAAAUAGAGUACAGAAAUAAAAUUGUAGAAAUACCUGUGUAUCUUCAUAAGGAAAAUAUCAUAGAGAAAAAAGUACCCCUAAUAAUUGAGCGCGUUCUUCCUGUCCUGAAGGUGAAAAAAAUGGAGAAGGAGGUUCUCACAGAUGUUGUCGAUAUUCCUUCAAUCUGCGAAAUGGAUAAAAGAGAGAUAAAUAUAAAUAGUAGUACCAAACAUGAAUACAAAGAAACUCUGAUGAUCCCUCAGAUCGCAAGGGAAAACUCCAACAGAAAUAACUUUUACGCAGUAAAAGAAGCGACCGAAAGCCAAGACAUGUACAAUAAGGAAACGUACAGAAAUGUGGAGUCCCGAAAUGAUAUUUCUUCUUCCCCUGCUGUAUAUUCUCCAGUGAAAAUGUCCCCGUCUAUUCAAGUGGAGAAAUUUAAAGGACGCCACGACAGAAGCGGCUCUGUCGGCAGCAGCAUAUCUGAUGAAAAUUCCCGUGGGGGAAAACUGCAGCAUAAAAAUGAAACCAUGUAUAAUGACGCCACGAAUGAGGAAGAUGAAGAAGUUGACAACUACGUAGACUCCGCGGGAAAUGUGGAAGGAAUGUCCAACGAGGAAUAUUUAUCCAUCGGACAGGGAUUACACAGUUCUCAAGGUGUACACAACGGAGAAUCAAUCUCGAGCGAACAUGUCCAACGUAUAAUGCAAACUGGGCAUUACAGCGAAAACGAUAUGUAUAAAAAGUCUAACUUAACACAUGUCAGCAUACACCUGCCCACAACGAAGGAGGAGCUGCGUGAGGUUCUCCAGGGGAAUUCCGUCAAUGUAGGGGAGGGCAGUUAUGGUGUGUCUUUGAACCAGGCCACGGACACCAGGAGCAGCAGCAACCGAAUAGCUGGCAGUGGUGUAAGUAACCUACGAAGCGGUAACGACAGAUAUGCCUCAAAUAACCACCUCUUCACCUACGACAACGGAAUCAACGGAAUCAACGGAAUCAACGGAAUCAACGGAAACAACGGAAACAACAGAUACAACGAGUACGACAUGAACCAAAUGAUGAGCGAGCAGAUAAUCAGGGAGUCCUUUAACGACUCCAAAAGAGAUAUGUCUAAAUCAGUGGAAGGGGGCCUUGGCCAGGGGAGCUAUUACUCUAACGUGAAGAACCGCAUACAACCCCAGCUGCAGAAACUUUCCGUCCCAUCUAACAUGAACGCCUAUAAGGAAAACUACUCUUCUACGCAGAACGUGUGCAGGAAUGAGUCGGGUAGAACGCGGUCGAACUUUAUGCCCUCCUACGCGAACAGCAACGGACAGGCAAUUGUAUCCGUGCGUCCCGCCACCAUUUUGGAAUACGUCCCCAAGCAGAGGAAAACGAAGGGGCGCUUCUGCAACUUCAUAAACAAGUGUUGCGGCGACGAGUGA